AUGGAAGCACCAUUUAUCGCCCUCUGCCUCAUCGCAGCUGAGACCCAAGCACUUUCACAGCCCGGAACAAUAUCCAAAUUAGGCCACGCUUUUAAAUGGAAGCACCGCCUUGAUAUCCCCGGGCUCCUCACCUUCGCCGCCGCCAUGACAUCGUUCCUCCUCCUCGUAGACUCGCUGACCAAAGGGAUAAGCGUAAAGGCUCCGAUCACACUAACGCCAUUGAUUGUCUUCCCUUUCUCCAUCAUCCUACUAAUACUAAUCGAGACUCGCUGGUCCUCUCAUCCCCUUCUCGCACCCUCCCUCUUCAAAAAUAAAGGCGUCUCCCUCCAGUAUCUUGUGCAAAUCCUCCUGCUAGCCGCUCAAUUCGCCGUCCUCUCCAACAUACCCAACUAUUUCAUCCGCACCCUUAACGUCUCUUCUACCCUCGCCUCUCUCACGAUCCUCCCUGCACCCUUAGGCAACGCACUAGGCUCCUACAUCGCCGGCCUCUGGAUCCAGCGCUCAAAGACCUUUCUCCCGCCUCUCUACCUCACCUGCAUUCUUUCCCCUCUAGCCUUCGCUAUUAUGUUGGUGCGUUGGUCACCAUUACCUGUUCCACAGGAUGAGCAUGGAAAAGGUGGCGGGCUGACCGCGCACAUCCCUAUUUCGCUAUGGGAGUGUCUGGUGCUUUUACCGGCGGCAUUCAGUCUUGGCUUGACUUCCUCGGCGGGCUUCGUGGGGAUCAGUACGAGUGUUGACGAUGGGUUGACGGCUAUGGGGAUCAGUGUGUUCUACCUGAGUCAGCAGGUGGGGACCAUUGUUGGGGCGGCUGGUGGGACGGGGGUCGCGAGGAUGGCGUUUGAGAAGAUUCUAAGGGGACGCUUGGUGAAUCAAGAGAUGGCUGAAUUCAAAAGCGUGCAACGGCAUUUCAGAGGCGUCUCAAAGCUCAUCCACAAUCGCCUAGCACACAAACAAGACGAGGACCCUCUCGAGAGUUUUCUCAACGGCAAGCACAAGGAGAAUUUCAUCGACUUCCUCGGUCUGUAUGGCGAUGAUGGCGUCAUUCUGAGGGAGUUGGUGAUGCUAGUGUCGACACGGUAUCUGCUGAGCUCAGAACCGACCCACAUGCAUCCUUGGGGGUUCAAAGAUCGUCCACUUAAUAAAAAUGUUUUUAGGGAUCAUAGCUUUUUACGUGCCUUCGCGUUGUGUGUGCAGUCAGGUCAGCUCGAAGAAUUAAAGAACGCUCUCUUACAGCAAAGCUCGAUCGAUGUCGUGGCUGCCCCUUCCGAUGGAUCUGGGACAGAGUACUGGCAAGUUGAUUGUCAGGUCUGGAAGGCUCGAUCGCGGGACCUGCAGAAUUUGGAUCUGACCCCUCUUCACAAAGAUCUUAUCGGCCUUCUCACGGUGCUACCAGAAGAGGAUUCAUACUGUAUCAGUGAGCGUCGGGCACAAUGCUACUCUUUCCAUUGGGAACGGAUGCGCGGCCACAUUGAUCUUGAACACUUCUCACCUUCUAGGAGAAAGAUUUUCCCUAUGCUCUUAUUCAACCUUACACUCGAUAUGUUCCUUGAGGGAAUAGAAAGACGGACUAAUGAAUCCAAUAAGAAGCUUUACGAUGCGAUAGUCAAAGAUGCGCCGUCACUCAACCACAAGAAAUUUCUACAUACCUUCAUUAAACACAAAUGGGCAAUACUGGUCGGGUCAUAUGUACUGCGUGACCAGAAGCAAGCCCAGCACGAGAACUCCACAACGAUCGAGGAGGUCAUGAAGAUGAAAAGCCUCCUACUGGGCAAGGGUACCUCGAAUUGUGCCUGGGCUGCCGGAACCGUAGGUUUCAUGCUGGCAGAUCUAAUAACGUACGUCAAAGAUGCAAAAGACACCGCUGUCUUGAACAGCCUAGUUGAGGUGAGUUCGCAAUGGUGUGAAAUGGUGUCUUGGUCAGCCGUCCCACUCGCAAGGGCGGCGUUGUCGAGACUACUUCCGCUUCUGGAGCGCUCAGACAUACUUUUGGCUAUGCCUACCAAAUACAAUCUGGACUGUGGAUUCACUUGCUCCCGUGCAGGUCACCUCUUACUCGCGGAACAUUUUUUCCAAAGAUCAUUGCCUUAUGGGCACACAGUAGAAGACCACCUUAGACCAUGGAGGUUCCGCGUAGAAUAUAUCACAGUGAUGAUGCGACAGGGAAUGUGGAAAGAGGCAGAGAGCAGACUUAAGAGCCUGGAGGGUUUCUACCAACAUGCGCAGAGCCCUGCGGUGGUCCACGAUAUCAGUAUCCCCCUGUGGAGAUGCACCGGCGAACUUGGCGAGUUCAGACUAUGGACUGCCCAUUUGCGGGCUGAAAUGCUGCUCCUGAAUGACUUAUGCGACGAAGCAGCGAGGCUCCUCAAACAAUGUCUUUUAGAAGUCCAAGGAAUGCAAAAUCACUUGGUCACGACUAGUCGUAUCGCAGUCCGAUCCAGGCUGAUUCAGUUUAAAACUCGCAUCUCAGAUACGAACUUGGACUUCAUGACCAGAGUUCAGCAACAAUUGGACGACAUUCUGACGACUCUAAAUUCGGAGCGAAAUGCUAGCAGUUUUGUUUGGGCUCUUAGAGAAGUGAUAGCCACGGCGGAGGAGCUUGCAAGCGGUGGAGACAGGGCAAUUGCGCUCAAAGCUUUUGCUUACAUGUUUGAAACUGUAUUCCGAGUAAAACGACCCUGUCUUGCUGAUCUCGAAAGACAUGUGAGGAAGAGAAAGGGGUUUUUGGAGGAUUCGCUCCUUACCACGGGACUUCCUCUGGCGUCGACUGCGCAAAGAAGGUCGAUUGAGGAAAUACGGAUGGUGGAGAACACACACGACGAAUUACCAGGGAAGAUGCUGGAGGAAAUGUCUAUUCUGGCGGGAGAAGAUCGAGUGAAGGCGCCAGGAGAAAGGGCUAAUUCGGCAUGGGGUUUUGAGAAGGCUGAAUCAAGUCAAUCUCACGCCACAGAAGAGGCUGCGGAGAUCUGA